AUGUUUCCCGGAGACAGUAACCUGGAUCUGGCAGUGUCCGCCUCGGGUGAUCCGGAAGCAAAAGGGGACGCUUUUGAGUCGGAUGAUGCAUCCGACUCACCAGAAUCGAUGAGCUCUAUCUCAGGCUCAUCUACAUUGCGAUUAGCAGUACCCGCUGAAGACGCACGGAUGUAUCUGUCGCACGUGGUGACUCACCACGUGGACUGCUCACAACAGGUACCGCCUGUUGCUGAAACGCAACAGCAGGUAAAGGAUCACCUGUUGCUAAAGAAAAAGUAG